AUGGAAGCGGGCAAUUCUCAACCAGAAUCUGAUGUUCAGGCGAAAAAAACGCCUGAAAGGCGUAUGUCGAAAGAACAUCGAAUCCGAAAGAAAAUCAUCGUAUCUCUCGGAACUAGCAUACAAAAGAGAGAAUGGCCUGAAUCUUUGUUGGAGCUUGGGAUUAGGAUAAAGACAUUCUCUUCUCGGACCAAAUACUUAGUGGCAUCAAGUGUGUCAGAUUCCUAUUAUAGGCGAGCCAUAGCCCUAGGCAUUUUCGUGGUGAAAGAGGAAUUUCUCCAGCGAUGUGCAGAUCCAGAGUCUACGGUGGACAUAGUUGAGCUGGCUGAGGCGUGCAAGUUGCCUCGAUUUGCUGGGCUGACAAUUAGUUUUCUUGGUUUUACCGAUGAAACUGUUGAAGAUCAUGUACAUGCUGUUGAGGAGAAUGGUGGACAGGUGAUCACUACCACCUCAGAGGCCAGCCAUAUUAUUGUAGCACCUGAUCUGCGGCCACCAGCAUCAUGUCAUGGGAAAAACCUUGUUACAAUGGAGUGGUUUCGCGAAAGUAUGGAUUUGGGUUGGUGUGCAAAUGAAACGUGUUUUGCGCAUACAUGGAAGGAACCAACACCACGCAGAAGACAUACUAAUAGCAUCCUGAGAUUCCAAAAAAGGAGAAGGGCGGAGUCGAGUGCGAAGAAGUACAAACGUUACCAAUUGUGCUUGGAGUUGUUCAAGACGGAAAUCAACUGCUUAAAAGCGUGCGAUUUCUUAGUGAGGCUGUUUGAAGAAAAUAUCCAUGUGUCAGCUGAAGCUAAUGAUGUGAUGUUCGGUGUAUUCGGUGCUAUGAAGAAGGCACAUGAUCGAAUUGUACAAAAGAUGGGUGAAGUACUGGACACAUGGAAUGACAACAGCACAGUAGGAGAUAUUUUCGUUGAUGAAGAGUCAUCGUUGACAGAGGCGUAUUCUCCGUAUUUUCACACAUUAGAAGCAUCGCUACAGUAUAUCAAGGAGUAUAGGAAGCAAAACGCAAAGUUCAACGCUUUCAUUGUGGAGAGAGAGAAAGACCGAUCGUUGGGGAAGCAGAAACUAGAAUACCUGUUGAACAUUCCUUUUCAACAGAUAACGAGUAGGAUACCUGCAUCUUUAAAGGAGAUCAGAAAUCAAACCACAUCCAUUGAUCCUGAUUACGAACCUCUUGGUAAUGGAAUAGCAGCGGUGGAUAGGAUGCUAGCAACUAUAAACGAGAGCAAACGAAUGGGAGCCGAAGGUGAAACAAUCUUCAAGAGGAUCCAAAACCUACCGAGCCAUCUACUGAAAUCUCCAAAGCAGUUUGUUUGCGGCAUGCAAUUUCUCUCGAUGCAAGAAGGGAGUAGUCCAUGGAACUAUGUUGUUGUGGAAUUGUUACUAUUUAAAGACUGUAUUUUGAUGGCAGAAAAAAUAGAUCCAACUGUGUCAUGUGGGUUUCGAAAGGGCUCACGAACGAUGAAAUUCCUUGAGUACUGUCAUCUUGUUCGAAUUCGUGCGGUUAGGAUUGUAUGGAGUAUAGAUGGAGAGAAAAUGCUAGUUAUUGUUGUGCGGAAUCCGACAAAGGACGCUGAGUGGUAUCUUCAAUUCCUACAUCCGGACGAUGCGAUUAAUGAGUUUGUAACGAAGCUAGUUGGAGAGGUAUUCCAGUGUACGGGAAGGCGAAUUCCCGUCGAUGUCGGGGACUCAACGGAGUUCGACGAUACCACUCUUAAUGACUCGAGAUUCUCGUCUGCAACAUCGAAAGUGUUACGGUGGAUGUCUCUGCGGAGAACGCGAAAGUACAGAAAUCGACCGAUCACAACGGCUGUGGACGUCUUCCAGCCACUGUAG